AUGAUUUAUUUCUAUCGACAGUCCGAGAAGAAAAAGUCCCAGCAUCGAUCCUUUUCUGGCGUUUUGCCACAAAUUAAUCUCGAUAAACACGUGGAAUUUAUUGAAAUUCCGGCGGAAGACGAGAGGGCCGGCCUAACAGCAACAAUUCAGCGAUAUCACAGUCUGUGGUUUGAUCCGUCUGAAAAGCCACUCUGGAAACUUGUCAUAGUCAACGGGCGACAUGCUCUGUUUGUGUUUGACCACUUUGUCACCGAUGGACGAGGGAGCACCUAUAUCCUCGAAAGCCUACUAGAAGCACUCAACUCACCUAAUGAAAAGGAUGGUGAUUCGCCCAUUGUUGACAUUACCACGGAAAUCAAGGGAUACCCAGAGAGAGACCCAGUGAAAUGCUCUGGAAAGGGGCCGUCUGUACUUUUCGCGAUAAUGAGCUACGUUACUUUCUGGUGCCUUCAGCUCUUUUAUCGCGGAACCGAUAUCUUCUUUCACGAUGCCGUAUAUCAGGAACGGGAACUUGUCUUCAGCGAUCCAAAGAAAGAAGACAACUUAACUGUUACAAACCUCCACACACUCCGCCUGGACGCUGAUACUAUGCAUAGAUGUCUCAAAGCAUGCCGCGAACAUCAGACCUCAUUUACAAGCUUCUUACACACGUUGAUCAAAGUGACAUUGGCAGCUGAUUUCUAUCCCAAGGCUAAAUUCAGCCAUUCCGAAACAGUCAUCGAUAGCGAAAUUCCAGUUGACGCAGAUACCAUAUGGAAAAUUGCACGGAAGCACAAAGCCCACAUUUCCAAUGAUCUCCAGCAUAAAAAGUCGUGGAUGAAAGCUUGGCAAGCAAUUGAUCUGAUCGGGGAAGAUGAAGAAGAUUAUGUUUCCCAGUUCGCACCGGGCCUGAAGCUUGUUCAAAAAUACGCAUUCAAUGUAUCCAAUCUGGGUGCUUUCGAAAAUCAGGCUGGCAGUGGACCCUGGAAUAUUUCGAACAUGGAGUUCUCAGCGGGUGCCAUAAAGGCAGGCUAUGGUGUCAAUCUAUCCUUUAAUGUUUCUGGUGUUCGGGAUGGUGUCACUGUUGUUCAUGUUAACAGUGAAGAAGGAUCGCUCCCCAGUGAUUUUGUCGCUUCGCUCGUUUCCCGUAUCGAGAAACGUAUGUUAGCAGUCAUCUGA